AUGACGUCAAGUGAAAAUGUGAUAACUCUUAAUGUUGGUGGUACAACAUAUACUACAACUCGGAGCACUUUGAGCAAAGAAACUGACACUUUGCUCGCCAAUAUAGCAUCCGGAUCAUUGUCAGAUGAUGAGCAGGUUACUGUUGUUACCAUGCCAGACGGAACCCUUUUCGUUGAUCGUGAUGGACCAUUGUUCGCCUACAUUCUACAUUUUCUGCGCACCGAUAAACUAUCGUUGCCAGAACAGUUUCGUGAAAUUGCGCGUCUGAAAGAUGAAGCCGACUUUUAUCGUCUGGAACGAUUUGCAACACUUCUCUCAGCUGCGUCAUCAAUUUCUCCUCGUCCACGGACCGCAAAUGGGUACGCCACGUCUGGAGCGGAGACGGGCGGCUACAUUACUCUGGGAUACCGUGGCACAUUUGCAUUCGGAAGAGACGGACAAGCAGAUGUGAAGUUCAGAAAACUUCAUAGAAUUCUCGUUUGUGGACGAGCGACAUUAUGCCGGGAAGUUUUCGCUGAUACUUUGAAUGAAAGUCGUGACCCUGGUGGUCCAGAUGACGGAGAGCGAUACACUUCACGUCUUUAUUUAAAGCAUCAAUGUCUUGAGCGGGCUUGCGAUUUGAUGGCCGAGAAGGGCUUCAAACUCGUUGCCACAUGCUGUUCUGGAGCUAACGGACUAGCUGCUGCAAAUCAUCCGAUUCUCACAAGCAAUAUGGGCAACAUUAAUCAGACUGAGCUCAUGAAUCACCGUAACUGCGGGGACUACGAAGAACAACGCUGGGCUCACUACACCGAAUACGUCUUCUUCCGUGAACCACAAACCGGAUACAUCACACCAUCUCUGCGCGAAUUGUAA